CGAUUUGUUUGUGUGUUUUCGUAUGUGUCUCAUUCGAUUCGAUUAGCGGCGUGGCAUUAGCCCUUCGAGUUCUGAUUGCGAGUUUUGAGUUUGCUCUUGCGACCAGUGGUUUCGUAUCUCCUUUCGUUCCAAUCGACGAACUAAAUCACUUCGUUUCUGCAUUCCGGUGGUUGUAAUCAUGGAGAUCUUUUUAGAUUUCUUCAGUUCGUUUGCCGCAUGCUUAUUAGCAUGGACGCGGCAAUAGCUUCGUGUUCUACCUGUGCGGGUGUGUUUUCAAUUUCUGGAAAUCACUUGGUUGGUUCAAUUAGAUUUUUUUUGCUUGCAAAGGAUUUUGGGUUCCAGUUCUUUGGCGGAUGAAACACUGCUGUCAUUUUUUCGCCUGACUGUGCGGGGUUGGAAUUAGAGGUCGUUUAGUACGGGUGCUCGUUUUUGCUCUAUAAUUUCUCUACCCUGUCACUCUGGGAUUCUGUUUCUGUUUCUGCGUUGAUCAUGACCUCCAAUUGCAAUGAUUGAAUGGUUCGCUUCGUCUGUGUUUGGAAAUCAGUGUAACAUUCGGCUCCUGCUUCCAUUGUUUCUGUUUCCGAAAUUAUAGUUCUGACUUCUGAGAUAUAUGACACGAGGAAGUCACUCUCGCAUAUAUCUGGCCACUGAGGAUAGUGUUAAGUGUUAUGUCAAGUACUUGUUUCUAUUUGAGCUAGGUUUACAUUCUGAUUAGUGGUGUUUUUAAAAUUUUCCUCUGCACCUUGUUAGUUUUUUUUUUGAGGAAUUCACUCCAUUCCAAAUUUUAAGACGUUCUUCCUUUCCAGGUAAAUUGCUAUUGCUAAGAAUCUAGAUAUAUACUAACUAUGUUUCUAGAAAAGCUAAAGUGUCUCAUAAUUUGGAACUGAGGAACUGAGGGAGUAAUUUUAUUGCCUUGGCUUUUCUGGAUGCACAUUUUGUUGUAGGCGGAAACUGUAUUAUCCUUAUAGUUGUGCUUUUGAUACUCUAGUUUUAAAAGCCUCUUUGCUGUCUUUUUCUGAAUUUGAAAACAUAGACCAAAGUGCUGCAGUACAUUCUAGAUUGCCACUUGGGUUUUGGGUCUCCAUUGCUAAUGAUUCUGCAGAAAGCAAUAGGCAUUCCCGUUACUAGUUGUUUGCCCCUUUUAAAAUAUACGAGCAGCCUUCUUGCUUGUUGACUUGACCCUUUGACUUUCAAACGAAAUUCCAUUGUGUUACAAUUUAUUCUUCUUGCAAGAAUACUCUGAUACUAUUAUAUCUAUGCUCUUUUCACUUUUAUUCUCAUGUCAAAAAGCAAAAACAUACUUUAAAUGUUUGAUGGAGGUUAUUAAUGGUAGUGUCUGUCAUCAUUUACAUUUCCACCCUUUUCCCCUUUGUAUUGGUUAUAUAUGUCAGUGUUCAAAAAACGUCAUUAAAUGCUUGCUUAGGCACGUCUAAGCGCAAAACAGAGCCCUAUCGUGUUGCUUAGGGUAUAUGUGUCCGAUUAAAUGUGGGACAAGCUGACAAACCCAUCGUGGUGAAGAAAUCAAGGGGUAGGGUUAGGACGUCAUGUGGUGUCCAUGUCACUGAUUUUGCUUGCCCUUUGGUCGAUUUUGCAUCCAGUACUCGAUUAUGCCUUGCCUGAUGUGUGCAAACACACACCCUCAGAGGGAGAGAGGGGGAGAGAGAGGGAGGGAGGGAGCAAAGAGCGGAUGGGGAUGGAGUGCCAUGAAAGAUGAAAGGAGAGCUGAAGGAGACGAGCCCACAAGCGGAGCAGAGGUGGCAUGCCAUGGAGCAAAGAGCGUAUGGGGUGCCACGAAAGGGGAGUGAAGGAGACGAGGUUGCCCACAAGCGGAUUGGAGGUGGCGUGCCAUGGAGCAAAGAGCGGAUGGGGAUGAGGUGCUGGAACAGAUGGGGAUGGGGGCAUGCCGGCGUUGGGAGCAGAAGCAGAAGCGGCUGUAUAGUAUGGCUGCCAAAAUGGCUGGAGCUGUCCAAGUGCUCAAGGAUGACACUGUUAAACGCACACCCAUGGCACGACCUAGUAACGGCCGUGAAGGAAAGCCCAUUAGGUUGCUGUCGAACCACUUCUCAGUGAAGCUUAGAGGAGUUGAUGCUGUUUUCUACCAAUACAGUGUCUGCAUCAAAUCUGAGGAUGAUAAGGUGGUUGAUAGCAAGGGUAUUGGCCGAAAGGUCAUAGAUAAACUAUUGCAAACAUACUGUUCUGAGCUUGAUGGGAAGGAUUUUGCAUAUGAUGGAGAGAAAUGUCUAUUUACUGUGGGACCUCUUCCACAGAAUAACUUUGAGUUCACUGUUAUCUUGGAGGAAACAUCUUCAAGGGCUGCUGGUGGAAGUCCAGUGCAUGAAAGCCCUACUCAAGCUAACAAAAAGCGAGUCAAGCGAUCACAUCUGGCAAAAAAGUUCAGUGUAGACAUAAGUUAUGCCGCAAAGAUUCCUCUUCAGUCGGUUGCUUUGGCUCUUCGAGGAAGCGAGUCAGAACAUGGUCAAGAUGUUCUGAGAGUCCUUGACGUUGUUUUAAGGCAACAGCAGGCUAAGAGAGGUUGUCUACUUGUUAGACAGUCAUUUUUCAGUGAUGAUAGUCGAAACCUUGUUGAUUUAACUGGUGGAGUUAGUGGUUGUCGUGGACUCCACUCUAGUUUCCGUACUACAAUUGGUGGUCUUUCACUAAAUAUGGAUGUUUCAACCACUAUGGUUGUAACUCCUGGACCAGUUAUUGAUUUUCUCGUCACAAAUCAAAAUGUAAGAGACAUCAGAGAUAUUGACUGGCCCAGGGCCAAGAAAAUGCUUAAAAAUCUCAGAGUUAAAGCUAAGCACAACAACAUGGAGUUCAAGAUUAUUGGCCUUAGUGAUCAACCAUGCUCUAGACAGAUGUUCCCAAUGAAAGUUCGAAAUGGAAACAUCGAAAUUAAAUCUGUUGAUAUCACUGUUCAGGAUUAUUUUAAAUCCAAGCAAGUUGAGCUAACAAUGCCUUAUCUGCCAUGUCUUGAUGUGGGAAAACCAAAACGCCCUAAUUAUCUCCCAAUUGAGUUAUGCCACAUGGUAUCACUUCAACGUUAUACAAAGGCACUGUCUUCUCAACAAAGGGCAAUGUUGGUUGAAAAGUCACGACAGAAACCUCAAGAAAGAAUGCGAGUUGUUACAGAUGCUGUAAAAAGUAAUAUGUAUGAUGAUGAUCCAAUCUUAUCUUCAUGUGGUAUUGAAAUUGAGAAACAACUUACUCGUGUUGACGCUCGUGUUCUCUCUGCACCAGCGCUAGUUGUGGGCAACAGUGAAGAUUGCAUCCCAAACAGGGGUAGGUGGAACUACAAUAAUAAGAGGCUAUUCGAUCCAGUCAAGAUUGAGCGUUGGGCCAUUGUUAAUUUCUCUGCUCGUUGUGACAUGAGCCGAAUCUCAAGAGAACUGAUAAACUGUGGACGCAGCAAAGGCAUUUUCAUUGAAUGUCCUCACAGUUUGGUGGAUGAGGACAGCCAGUCUAGGAGAUGUUCACCUGUGGAAAGGGUUGAAAAGAUGUUUGAAAAAGUCAAAGCAAGCCUUCCUGGUCCUCCAGAGUUUCUCCUUUGUCUUUUACCAGAGAGGAAGAAUUGUGAUAUUUACGGGCCAUGGAAGAAGAAAAAUCUUCAUGAAAUGGGUAUUGUCACUCAAUGCAUUGCUCCAAGUAAUAAGAUGAAUGAUCAAUAUUUCACCAAUGUUCUUCUAAAAAUUAAUGCUAAGCUUGGUGGAAUGAACUCCAAACUGGCACUGGAACAUCGUCAAAUGAUACCAGUUGUGACUCAAAUACCAACAUUAAUUCUUGGCAUGGAUGUUUCACAUGGUUCUCCAGGUCGAGCAGAUAUACCAUCAAUUGCUGCGGUUGUUGGAUCUAGAUGCUGGCCAUUGAUAUCACGGUACAGAGCAUCUGUGCGCACCCAGUCUCCAAAGGUAGAGAUGAUUGAUUCUCUAUUUAAGCCACUGGAUGAUGGGAAGGAUGAUGGCAUAAUGAGGGAACUUCUACUAGACUUCUACCAAACCAGUCAACAAAGAAAGCCUAAGCAGAUAAUCAUCUUCAGGGAUGGUGUUAGCGAGUCUCAGUUUAGCCAAGUACUGAACGUAGAACUUAAUCAAAUUAUAAAGGCAUAUCAGAGUAUGGGACAGGGGGACCUUCCGAAGUUCACAGUGAUCAUUGCUCAAAAGAAUCACCACACAAAACUCUUCCAAGCUGAUUCACCAGAGAACGUUCCACCUGGGACUGUUGUGGACUCCGGCAUAGUUCAUCCAAGACAGUAUGAUUUCUACAUGUGUGCUCAUGCCGGACCAAUUGGUACUUCAAGGCCAACCCAUUACCAUGUGUUGCUUGAUGAGAUUGGCUUCUCUGCAGAUAAUCUCCAGAAGCUAGUUCUUUCACUUUCAUAUGUGUACCAGAGGAGCACCACUGCGAUUUCUGUGGUGGCACCUAUCUGUUAUGCCCACCUCGCAGCAGCUCAGAUGGGCCAGUUCAUGAAAUUUGAAGAGUUUGCAGAUACGUCGUCAGGGAGUGUCAAUUCAUCAUCGCCACCAUCAAUACCAGAAUUGCCACGGCUGCAUGCUGAUGUCUGCAGUUCCAUGUUCUUCUGUUGACGUGAUUUUAGUUUGACCGUUGUGGGGUAGGGCCAAUUCUUUGUGAAAGGAACCUUACCUUAUAUGUUGGCACACAGCAGGCUAACCGUUUUUGUGAAGAAACCAUGUAGGUCGUUAGUUGUCGUAUAUCGCACGCGUGCAUCUUUUUGGAGCGGUUUUCGGCUCCCCCCACCCACAGGUGGCGGUUCCGUUAGGUACAGUUUCCAGAUUUUAACGAUGCUAAUACAGUAAAAGCAGUUUGUACAUUCUACGCAGAUUUUGCAGGGAUACGUGGUUAGAUGAUCUUUUUGUUA